AUGGAGCUUGAACCUCAGUUCACUAACAUGGAGGGUGCUUUUUCUAUGUUUGGAUCAAAACACGGCGAUCAGAUGUACAGGCCAGAUAUCGGACCUGCUGACCAUGGGUCAGAUCGGCCGGAUGUAAACAGUGCUGUUGAACUGAGGCCUAACAAAAUGGACGGACCGGGGUUGUCAGAAUUUGGAUUCGGCAAUCUAAGUCGGUACACCAUGGUGUCUACCCCCGGGUCUACUAGUAGUAGUGAUGGCAGUACAUCGUCACAGGAAUCAUCUUCCACGGGUCCCACGGCGAAACGGAAAGGUACACCUUACAUCCCUAGUUACAUGGACAUGACGAACGGCCCAGAACCGUGUGUGGUAUGUGGAGACGCGGCUACUGGCUAUCACUACAGGUGUAUGACGUGUGAAGGAUGCAAGGGAUUCUUCAGAAGGACCAUACAAAAGAACUUACAAUACCAUUGUAAAUGGAAUAGUAACUGUAUAAUAGACAAAACCUCACGAAACCAGUGCCAGGAAUGUCGCUACCGGAAAUGUGUUCAAGUUGGCAUGGCAACUGAUCUUGUCCUAAACGAAAAACAGAGAAAAGCCAAACGGAAAUUAAUAGAGGAUAAUAGAGACAAGCGAAAAUCAGAGGCACAAAAACUCAAAACGAAGGCUGAUUUAUGUCCACAUGAUACACUCACAGAAAAUGAUAAAGUAUUGAUAGCCGAAGUUGUGAACGCGUAUGAAUGCUCAGCCACGAAGGUCCAAUCCAAAGGUCAAGGGAUGAGUUGUACUGACACAAACGAUCCUGAGGCAUGGCAGCAACUAGCAGAUGCGAUGACCCCUUCCAUUGUCAAAGUAGUCGAGUUUGCCAAAGGUGUCCCAGGUUUUAUUCAGCUUUUCGUAGAUGACCAAAUUUUACUUUUGAAAUCCUGCUGUAUGGAGAUAAUGUGCCUUCGAGCAGCGUGCAAGUAUGACCAAGAACAGGAAACACUUACAAUGCACAAUGGCAUGACCUUACACAAGUCCCAGAUAAAGGCAGAGGGUUUAGGAAUUCUUGUAGAACCAAUAUUUGAGUUUGCCGUCGGCUUAGCGAAGUUGGACCUCGAUAAAACUGAAUUAGCUCUCCUGGCAGCUGUUCUUCUCAUGCAAUCAGAUCGUUCCGGCUUAAAGGAAGCUGAUGCGGUAGAAAAACUUCAAGAUGAUGUGCUGGGUGCCUUUAAGCGAUACGUAGCUGUCAAGCGUCCUCUUCAGCCUGUCCACUGGGCUAAAAUCUUGAUGAAGGUCACUGAUCUUCGGACAAUUAGUACAAGACAUGCUGAAAGGGUAUUGUGUAUUCGUCUUGAUCAUUCUAAUGAAAUACCUCCACAUCUACUAGAUUUGUUCAACGAGGGGGAGGAAUACUUAUGA